CCCUACCGAGCGCCCCCGAUGGCGUCCUCGUCGCGCCUCUGCCCUCGCCUCGUCCCCGCGAGCGGCCGCUCUCACCCUGCGGCCCAGUGGCUCCUGCAGCCGCAGCGAGUAGCGCACCGUGGCGCAGCACCCGCACGACCCUUCAGCACCAGCUCGCCGCUCCCGCAGCGAGCGCCGUCGUCGCCCGGCCUCGUCGGCCUUCGAUCAGCCGCCCUCCCUCAUCGCUCGCCGCCCUGCGCCGUCACCACCUCGCCCUUUGCCCCGCUCGCCAAGCGGAUACGCACGCACGCGCGAUGGGCGUCGACUGAGCAGAAGGCUCGAGCCGUCGAGUCAAGCGGCGAGACGGGCGAGGCGUCGGUCAAGGCGGGCAAGGAGGUGACCCGACCGGCGGCCGACGAGCACGAGGACGACGCAGCAAAGAACGCCAAGGACAAGGUCAAGAUGAGCGAGGUGCGACGGCUCAUGACCCUGGCUCGGCCAGAGCGCAAGACUAUCGGCAUCGCCAUCGGCCUCCUCUGCAUCUCGUCUACGGUCUCGCUGUCCAUCCCGCUCGGUAUCGGUCGCAUCAUCGACAUCUUCUCGGGCCAAACCACCAACCUCCCCGUCUCGGUCCCGACCGCGGCCGGCCUCCUCACCCUGUUCUUCGCCAUCGGUGCCCUCGCCAACAUGGGCCGGGUCAUCCUCAUGCGCAUCAGCGGGCAGCGCAUCGUCGCCCACCUGCGCGAGGCGGCGUACGGCAACGUGCUGCGCCAGGACAUCGGCUGGCAUGAUCUGCAAGGGGCGACGACCAAGACGCCGCCGUCGGUCGAGAGCGGCGCUCCCGCCGCCACCGCCACCGCUCCCGCCCAGUCGCAGCAGAGCCCGUCGGCCCAGUCGACGGCGGUCGCGGCGGUCAAGGACACGGGCGUCCGGUCGACGGGCGACGUCAUCUCGCGCCUCGGCUCGGACGCGAGCAUCGUCGGCGAGAGCCUCACGCGUGAGCUGAGCGACGGCCUGCGCGCCGUCGUCACGGCCACGGUCGGCAUUGGCGCCAUGCUGUACAUCUCGAGCAAGGUGACGGCCGUCAUGCUCCUCAUCGUCCCGCCCAUCUCGGUUGCCGCCGUCUUCUACGGCCGGUUCCUCAAGAAGCUGUCGCGCCGCACGCAGAAGGCCGUCGGCGAGAUGGUCGCCGUUUCGGAGGAGCGCCUCGGCGCCAUCCGCACCGUCCAGGCGUUCAACGCCGUCGACCCGGUCGAGACGAACCGGUUCAAGGCCAAGGUCAACAAGGUGUUCGAGCUCGCCAAGACCGAGGCGUGGGCGUCGGGCCUCUUCUUUGGCGGCACGGGCUUUGCCGGCAACGCGACCGUCAUCGCCCUCCUCACCUACGGCGGCACGCUCGUCGCUCGCGGCGAGCUCACGGUCGGCAACCUCAUCUCGCUCCUCACCUACACCGUCUACGUCGGCAGCAGCCUCGCCGGCCUGACCUCCUUCUUCGGCACGAUAAUGAAGGGCCUCGGCGCCUCGUCGCGCGUGUUUGAGCUCCUCGACGCUCGCCCCCUGUCGGUCAAGCUCGGCGUCGGCCGCCCGCUCCCUGUCUCGACCCCUCCUCGCCGCCUCGUCUUUGACGACGUCCACUUCAGCUACCCGUCGCGCCCUCACGCCGAGAUCCUGCGCGGCGUCAACCUGUCGAUCGAGCCGGGCAAGAUUGUGUCGAUCGCCGGCGGGAGCGGGUCGGGCAAGUCGACGCUCGCCAACCUGCUCGUGCGGUACUACGACCCGACGAGCGGCAAGGUCCUGUACGGCGACGACGACAUCAAGCAGUUCACGCCCGAGUCGUGGCGACAGCGUAUCGCCAUCGUGCCGCAGGACCCGGCCCUCUUUUCGACCACCAUCGCCGAGAACAUCGCCUACGGUCGCCCCUCGGCAACCCGCGCCGAGAUCGAGGAGGCGGCUCGUCUCGCCAACUGCGGCUUCAUCGACACCCUCCCGCGAGGCUUCGACACGCAGGUUGGCGCUCGUGGUGCGCAGCUCUCGGGCGGCCAGCGUCAGCGCCUCGCGAUUGCGCGUGCCCUGCUGCAGAAGCCGCGCAUCCUCGUUGCCGACGAGGCUACCUCGGCACUGGACGCGGCGAGCGAGAGCCUCGUCAACGAGGCCAUCGCCAACAUCAGCGCUUCGCACCAGCUCACGACCAUCCUCAUCGCGCACCGCCUGUCGACGCUCAAGACGGCCGACGUGGUCGUCAUGAUGGAGAACGGCGUCGUCGCCGAGCAGGGCACGUACGACGAGCUGUCGCGCGAGGGGACGCGGUUCAACUACCUCGUCCGGAGCCAACUUCUCGGUGCAGGGCCGUCGCUGGCGGCAGGAGCAGGGGCCGGUGCGACGACGCAGGCGCAGCAGUAGUCGGUGGAGCGAGGGAGGGCACGAGCGAGUUGCAGUCGAUACCCCUUGUUUUCGCGCU